CUUCACUUCUACUCAAAAAAACCAAUAAAAUAGUCCACAAAAUCAAACCUUUCUCUCUUUCCCCUCCAACCAUAACUGAUAGUCCUCAUCAUUUAAUUCCGUUGCGAUUUCACUAGUUGUCUUGUCCCCUCCUCCAAAACCUCGUUCCUUCAUGAUUUUGGUUUCUUAUUCUAUAGUUCUGUUUCAUCGAUCCUUCAAUUUUUACGUUUAUUUCUCUAAUAUCAAAUGAACCCCAUGAAUCCCAAGUCCCUUAGUGCUUCAAGAGGUGGAGGAGGAGGAAAGAUGCCACUAUCCAUUGUUGCCAUCAUACUGUGUACCUUAGCUUUCAUGGGUUUACUGUACACUGAAAGACUCAGCUUUCUUUCGUCCAACACUAUUUUCAGGUUCAAGCCCUGUCCUGCGGCCAGAUACAAACUACCCAAAUCAGAUAGCAAGAAGUUGAAGGAGAAGCCGCUUGAUUACGGGGCUGAUGAUCGAUUCGAGUUUGAUCCAGAAGAAUGCAGCAUUACUAAUGGGAAAUGGGUGUUUAAUCGUUCCAUCAAGCCCCUGUACACGGAUUCGAGUUGCCCUUACCUUGAUAGGCAGGUUUCGUGUGUGAAGAACGGAAGGAAUGAUUCGGAUUACCUGUAUUGGCAUUGGCAGCUUGAUGACUGCAUGUUGCCUCGGUUCAAUCCAGAAAUUGCACUGAGAAAGCUGCAAGGGAAGAGACUAAUGUUUGUAGGGGAUUCGUUGCAGAGAGGGCAAUGGCAGUCAUUUGUUUGCCUGGUCGAAUCCGUAAUUCCUAAAUCCCAAAAAUCUAUGAAGCGAGGCCGCGUUCAUUCUGUCUUCAAAGCUAAGGAAUACAAUGCCACAAUCGAAUUUUAUUGGGCUCCGUUCCUAAUAGAAUCGAACUCAGACGUGCACAUCAUCGGAGAUCCAAAGCAAAGAAUCCUUAAAAUAGAUUCAGUUGCCAAGCAUGCCCAAAAUUGGAUCGGGGUAGACACCCUUGUUUUCAACACCUACGUUUGGUGGAUGAGCGGCCUCAAGAUCAAAUCAUUAUGGGGUAACUUCUCAAAUGGAGAGGAAGGUUAUGAGGAAUUGGAAGCACCGGUUUCAUAUAGGAUUGGAUUGAAAACUUGGGCAAAUUGGGUUGACACCACUAUUGAUCCUAAUAAAACUCGCGUCUUCUUCACUACUAUGUCUCCAACCCACCAAAGGUCCAAUCUCUUUUUUCCUUCUCUUCUUCUGGCUACUACCAAGUUAAAAAAAAAUACUCCUUCUGUCUCGAAAUUAUUGUCCAGUUUGAAGAUCUUACUUUUUCGUACAAAAACGAAAAUUCAAACUGGACAAUCAUUUUUUGGGCAGGAAGUAUAAGGUAUACUGGCUAGUUAUUAUUGCAUUAUUAUUUCGGAAUGUUUGUGAAUUGCAGAAGUGAAGACUGGGGCAACAAAGACGGCAUAAAAUGCUUCAACGAGACGAAACCCAUACUGAACCGAUGGCACUGGGGAAGUGGGUCAGAUCGAAAGAUGAUGAAUGUGGUGUCUAGUGUUGCAUCGAGGAUGAAAACCCCAAUCACAUUCAUCAACAUAACCCAAUUAUCAGAGUACAGAAUCGAUGCCCAUUCCUCUGUUUAUACAGAGUUGCAAGGUCAAUUGUUGACUGAAGAACAGAGGAAUGACCCUCUCCAUUUUGCAGAUUGUAUACACUGGUGUUUGCCCGGUGUUCCUGAUACCUGGAAUCAGUUACUCUUUGCACACUUGUAGCGUUUCCUUCUUCUUCUUCUUUUCCACUUCAUAUUGGGGCAUAAGGUUGAACUGAACGUGCUAUCGCUCUCGAGUUUGGAGCUCAAAAUUUCCAACUUUCUUAGAUGAGAGUACGUAAGAUACUAUUGUCGUGUUAAUACUACUUCAUGUUUGUAGCUAAUCUUCACUUAAUAGUUCAGUCAUUUAUGUCAUUUUUUUAUUUUUCUUUUUCAUUUCAGCUUUUGUUUUUUUUCUUUCUACUUCAUGGUUGUGAAAAACUUGGGGCUUGUAUAUCAUUAUUGUACUAUGGAAAUUAGAAACAGAGAUGCAAAAAAAUGCUCUUCUCUGAUUGUCGUUCCUUGCUUACUGACCUGCAUGUUCUUUCUCAUAGAACCUUCCGUGGACUAUGAAUUAUUUUUUAUUAAUAUGAAAGUAAAUGCUAUUCCCUCCG